AUGAAGCUCGCCAUCCUCUCCGUGAUUGCGUUCUGCGCUAUGUCCUUUGCACAGUGUCCCUGCGUGUCGAGCUGUGACCAGUGUCCUCAAGGCACACACUGUGAAAAUGAGCCAGAUAUUUGUAGGGACGAGGGCUGUGUUGAGUGGUGGAUUGAUCACUUACUAGUAUGGCCAUUGUAUACCUUAGGAUUUUCCCUCUUAGGUUCUCCAUAUACUGUGAUACUAAUGUACUGGCCAAAUUUCCAAACACUACAACGCAAAUCCAUCUCUAUUUAUGUAAUUUUGGGUUCGUCUUUCUACGUACUGAACAAGAAGUUUAACGAUUUCCUGAGUUGA